CUUUAUUUGUCUCACCCACUGUAAGCCAUCAGAGUGUGCAGUAUCCCGACCGAGGCCAAUGGCAGAGCUUCAUUCGCAUGCGAGCUCCUCCUAGGGCCCUGGUAAUCGGCGACGGUUUCGUGCCACCUGCUGCUCUGGGACAGCUGCUUAUUGUUACAGGAGGCACAAAUCCCUGCAAGGUAUAUCUUCCUCGAGAGUCCCCUGCAACGCCAUGCGACGCCUCUGCGGCUGCAUGCAUCGCGGCACAGUCGUGGUGUGCUUCCUAAGCUGAGGUAUUGCAAAUCAAUUGUGUUUAUAGUUGCACAUCCGUCCGUCCAUCCUAGGAAGGACGAGACGCAGUGCAGCACCCUCGAGCGAAAAACGCGUCGCGACGCAUCACACGAACUGGCGAACUCUUUCCCGACUGUAGACAAUAUGGUAAAGCAUAAAAUCAGCAGUGAUUACAAUGCCCACGAGGUCGCCUCGGAGUCGGGUCCUGGAGAUGUCUUUGGCAACGAAGCUGGGCAUGAUAUCAAGUAUAAAAAGCUAUCAUGGCAGAUGGUUGCAGGUCUGAUGAUCGCGGAAAUUGUUUCGAAUGGAAUGCUCGCACUGCCAUAUUCGAUCGCGGCUGUUGGACUCGUGCCGGGUAUCAUCAUCAUCAUAUUCCUGGGGAUCUUCGCCACUUAUACAUCAUGGUUACUGAUCGAGUUCAAAUUGAGGCACCCGGAGGUCCAUAACAUGGGCGAUGCCGGCCAGAUCUUGUUCGGACCCAUUGGCCGGGCAGUCCUCGCCGCUGGGACGAUCAUCUUCGCUGUAUUCGCUACUGGAGGCCAGAUGUUGGCGGGUCAGAUCGCUUUGUCAUCCUUGAGCGAUCAUGCACUGUGUAAUGUCUUGUUUACAGGGAUCUUGGCCAUUGCUUCCGUCAUUUGUAGUUUUCCGCGAACACUCGACAAUCUCAAGACUCUGGGAAUCGCGAGUGUCUCAACCUUCACCGUGGCGGCCCUCGUCGGAAUGAUCGGGGCUGGCCUCUACCCAACUCCCGACCGAGUCGUGGUCGCCACGACGUCUGCCACCUUCUUCAACGGCUUCUUCGCCAUCACUAACCCAGUCUUUGCGUAUGCCGGCCACUUCAUGUUCUUCAUCCUCAUGAGCGAGAUGAAGCGGCCUCAGGACGCUCUCAAGUCAGCAGUCACGCUGCAGACAUUCUCCACGACACUGUAUGUCGUCUUCGCCGUGGUCACGUAUGUUCUCCUCGGAGACACCGUCUCAUCGCCUUCAUUCCUUUCAUUGGAGAUACGCUGGCAAAAGGCCGCAUUCGGGAUUUCGUUGCUCAACUUCAUCCUCGCUGGAGGUCUCUACGCGCACACCGCCGCCAAGCUGAUUUUCGUCCGCUUGUUCCGCCGCUCUCGACACCUCCACAGUCAUACGGUAAUCGGAUGGGCGACCUGGACAUUCCUCAUUCUCCUCGUGAAUGCCGCGGCAUUUGUCUUGGCAGUCGGCAUUCCCAUCUUCAACUACCUGAUCGGCAUCGCGGCCUCACUCUUCGCAGCGUGGUACACCUAUGGACUAGCGGGUUUCUUCUUGCUUCAUAUGCUCUAUCACGAUGGCCGAGGCUGGCGUGAAUGGCUGCGAAAGUGGGGACAGGCGACUCUGGCUUUGCUGACGAUUCUUCUCGGAGCUUUCAUCUGUAUCGCAGGAAUGUACGUCACGGUCCGUGGGAUUACAGAUGCAUAUGACCAGGGCACUGUCAUGGCUCCCUUCUCAUGCUGAGAGUGAAGCGUCGGAGUGAACGGACAGGUAUCGGCGCACGCUCUCUAUAUUCAUGACAACACAUCUUGAAUAGAUGCUCGAGGCUAGAUUUUAUUGCGCAGAUGGCAAAGUCGCGCUAGGACUCAAAGCUUAUGGUUGAGCCUCGAAGAAUUAGAUUUGUACAAUGAUCGUCAUGAAUCUAUCGUGAGCUUUAACGAGCGACGAUAUGUCUAGUUACUGAGCCCGUGAUUUUCUUUGCGAGAUAGUAUCACCCCACACUCAUCCACAAGUAAUCACACAUGCAACCGGUAUCAGCACGUCCGCAUGAGCAUGUCAUGUUCGCAUUUUCGAGAAGGC